AUGACGCACGUUGUUUCGACUGCAUAUUACCCAACGGCAGCAGGCAGCAAUCCGGUGCCAACCAUACAGAUUCUUCUGGAAGACGCAAUCCACACAGAAAAUUACACAGGCGUCGUCACACCUGCGAGGCUUAGGAAUGAGGGCGGCUGUGUGACACAAACCCCUAUAAUAACUGAGACAAAAGAAUCGUCAGAUGAUCCUCCCCCUCUUUCUGUGUGUGAUAAUUACACAGUCUGUUCAAAUGGAGGUUCACACCCCUUCAUCGUCUACGACCUUCUGAUUCCGAGGAAGAAGCAUCAGGUUCAGGUUUCAAAACGUUUUAGCACAAUAAAGCGUCUUCAUGCCGACCUGUUGCAAGAGGGUUUAGAACAUUUGCCGUCCUUUCCACGAGAUCGCCCUUGGAAUCUCGGAGGAAAUCGGAAAGGCUUUGUCGAAGAACGCGUAAGAGAGAUUAAUAACUACUUCCACAGACUCCUUUCCAAUAAGGCUGUAGUUAAUAGCAACGCGUUUAAAUACUUUCUUUCAGAAAACGACUCUUUCAUGCCGCUGGAGAGCUACACCUUGAGGUAG